CUCACACUUUUGCAUCACUAAACCUACUCCCAUAAACCAAACCCAUCUCCCCUCUUCCACCAUGUCUCCAUCACCAAACUACAUUCCUCUCCUUCUCUUCACAACCCUCUUGCUACCUCUACACACCAUAGCCAGAGACAGUGAAUUUUUCAGCAAAGUCACUCAUUUCAACAAAGAAACACAAAUUCCCAACAAAGAAGAAUCAACAACACCAGCCACAAACAAACCAGAAGACCAACAGCCAUCUUUCAUCCCUCAAACCGAAAACAGCUAUGGCUUAUACGGCCAUGAACCCGACCACCUUCCCACCACCACCGCCGCAACGAACUCCGAGUUCGAAAACAACAACAAGUACUACAACAAUGAUGCCUAUAACACAAAGUUUUACAACAAGGAUCCUUUUGCAAACAACCAAAAUGAGUUGAGUGACACGAAGUACAAUGAACAACAAGGUUACAUGAAUUACAACUCCAUGAUGGAAAAACAAAACAACAACGAAAGACCAUUCCACAACAACAACAACAACAACUAUUACAAUGUUGAGAAACAAGGGAUGAGUGACACAAGAUUCUUGGAAGGUGGAAAGUAUUUCCAUGAUAUUUACAGUGAGAAGUACAACCCAACAAUGUAUGGCGAUUCAUCUUCUAGAGGAGUCAACACAAACAAUUGGUACCACCACACAGGUAACAGCUAUAACUCUGACAACAAUGGUAACAACAACGGUUACAACAACGGUUACAACAACAAUGGGUACUACCAGAAUAAUAACCAUGGAAGCUACAAUGGAUACAAGAACCAUGUGAAUCAGUUUGAAGAUGAACAAAAUGAGUUUGAGCCAUGAGGAUUUUGGUUUGGGAUCAUUAGCAAAGUGAAGAAUUCAUUUUACUUUUUGAAGUGUUUGUUUGUUGGGAGUGUUUUCUAUGUUUUAUUUUACUAAGCUAAUUUGGAUUAAAAAAACAUAAAGGUGAUUAAAGAAUAUAUAUAAGUUAAUUAAUUAUAUUAUUAAAGUUUUUUUUUACUUUAGUUGUAUUUUUAUAUAUAUUGUCUUGGUUCUGGUAUUGCAAUGUUUUAUCAUGAAGUACAAGACAUGUUGUUUGAAAUAAUAAUUAACGUGAAAUGAUUAUUUGUUUGUUUUUU